AUGCCUGAAAACAGCAGGACUGUCGAACGUAUGUCAGAAAUGACAUUCAAAGAAGAGAGGGUUGUUAUCAGUGGAAUGUCUGGUCUAUAUCCGGCUUCCAAGUCGAUUAAAGAUUUGGCUGACGUUUUGUACAACAAGAAAAAUCCUAUAACAUCUGAAAACCAGCGUUGGAAUUACUCUCAUCCAGAAGUGGUGCAGUACACAGGAAAGCUACCUGAACUGAAUAAGUUUGAUGCACAAUUCUUUAAGGUGCAUUAUCGCCUCGCGAAUAACAUGGACCCAAUGGCGAAAAAAGUCUUAGAACAGACCUAUCAAGCUAUUUAUGAUGCCGGUGUCAGUCCUGAACACCUUUCAGGAAAGAAUGUGGGCGUGUACAUCGGUAUGUCCUAUUCUGAAACAGAAAAAGCUUGUUUUUAUGUGGCAGACUGCAGAACAGGUUUUGGUAUUGCCGGGUGCAACAAAGCAAUGUUUGCAAAUCGCAUAUCGUAUUGGUUGAACGUCAAAGGACCAUCGUUGGCUGUUGACGAAGCUUGCUGCAGUUCUAUCGCAGCCUUAGAACAGGCUUAUUUUGCGAUAAGCCGGGGCGAAUGUGAGGCGGCCAUUGUCGGAGGGGUCAAUUUGUGUCUUCACCCGCAAUCCUUAGUUCACUAUGGCAGGAUUGUGAAUCUUUGCAUGGACGGAAAAACGAAGUCUUUUGAUCGACAUGCAGACGGGUGUGCCAAAUCUGAAGCUAUCAAUGUUUUAUUUCUUCAGAAAGCUAAAAACGCUCUCAGAAUUUACGCCAAGAUUGUGCAUGUCAAAUCGGGAAUCACGAUGCUUUUAGAAGGAGAAACCGGACCCAGAUUUGGCUUUGAUCGUGACCCAAGAGACACGGCAACUUUCUUGAAGAAAUUUUAUGACGAAGCUGGUAUUUCACCUGACGUGGUUGAAUAUGUUGAGGCGUUUGGUUCAGGUGUACCCGAAGCUGAUAAGUCUGAAAUAGAAGCCAUCGACAGUGUUUUUUGUAAAAACAGAAAGAAUCCGCUGGCAAUCGGUAGUGUUAUGUCAAACAUUGGCAAUAGCGAUGCUGCCUCCGGAAUUUCAUCCAUUACGAAGGUGCUGUUAGGUUAUGAAACGGGUGUGCUAGCCGGUAAUCUGCACUACAAGACACCUAGAGAUGAUAUCAGUGCGAUUCGCGACGGAAGAGUAUACGUGCUGGAUGAUCACGCACCGACUAAACGAAAUUACGCAGCCGUUAAUAGCAUGUCGCUGACUGGAAUCAACGCUCACGUUCUCCUGAAGGGACAUUACAAAAGAAAGGAUCCCAACCGGUACAAGUCAAGCAUUCCACAUUUGGUUGCGAUCUCGGGAAGGCAAGACUCUGCAGUCAGAACUGUUAUAGACGAUUUGAAAUCACGGCCCAUAGAUCCGGAAGAAUUGGCGUUGUUGCAUAACAUCCACCAAACAACUAUAUCUGGACAUAUGGGAAGAGGGUUUGUUAUUUUAGAUCAAGACGAUGAACAGAAUACUGUAUGUCUAAAAGAAAGGAUAGAGUACUUUGACGAUGCCAUACGUCCUUUGUGGUUCGUGUACAGCGGCAUGGGAUCGCAAUGGCCCACGAUGGGGAAACAGCUUAUGCGCAUUCCUAUAUUUGCGGCUUCUAUUGAAAGGUGCCGACGCGUAUUGGAACCAAAAGGAGUGAAUAUUGUGGACAUAUUGACAUCUUCUGAUAGUACGAUUUUUGAUAACAUUUUACAUUCGUUCGUUGGAAUAGCAGCCGUGCAGAUUGGAUUAACUGACAUUUUAAAGGCUCUCGGUAUUAAGCCUGAUAAAAUAAUUGGUCAUAGUGUUGGUGAACUGGGUUGCGCGUACGCUGACGGAUGCUUGACAACAGAAGAGAUGAUACUGUCGGCGUACAGUCGUGGGCUAGUCUCUGUUCAAACUCCCUUCAUACGAGGUUCCAUGGCUGCCGUAGGAAUAGGAUACCAAGAGAUAUCGAAAAUGUGUCCGCCGUCAAUAGAAGUAGCCUGUCAUAACAGUUCAGAAUCAAGCACCAUAUCCGGUCCCGCGCAAGACAUGAAGCAGUUCAUCGCUGAAUUGGUGGCAAAAAGAAUUUUCGCUAAAGAAGUUCCAUGCUCUAACAUCGCUUAUCAUUCACGAUACAUUGCUGAAGCUGGACCUGGCUUAUUGAAGUAUUUGAAAGAAGUAAUCAAGACACCCAGAAUGCGUAGUGAUCGUUGGGUAUCUACGUCAGUUCCCCAACACAGAUGGAAUGAGCCUUCUGCUAAGUAUUCAUCAGCAGAAUACCACACUAACAACUUACUAAAUCCAGUUUUAUUUGAAGAAACUGCGAAUUUGAUACCAUCAAAUGCUGUGCUCAUUGAGAUAGCACCACAUGGCUUACUUCAAGCGAUUCUUAAACGCUCCUUACCUUCUAACUGUCUCAAUAUAGCUUUAACACGCAGGGGACACCCGAAUAAUGCUGUAUUGCUACUAGAAGCCAUUGGCAACUUGUACAUGGAAGGUUUUACUCCGAGGUUACAGGAAUUGUAUCCGAAAGUCGAAUUUCCGGUUUCCACUGGAACACCAAUGCUCUCUCAUUUGGUAGAAUGGGUCCAUUCUGAAAAAUGGCCUCUUCCACUGUUUGUGUCGGCCCACAGGAUAACGGCUGCUUCUUGUAAAUUUGUUAUUUCUCUCCACGACGAUGAAAGUAAUAUCUUCUAUGGCAACGUGAUAAGGGGUAAAAUCUUAUAUCCGUUUGCGGCUGCGUUAGUGGCAGCAUGGGACACUUUAGCUAUGACCCUGCAAAUACCAAAAAAACAGAUGUCGGUAACAUUUGAUAAUCUAAAACUGUACUCACAGCCGAUACUACAUGAGCAGAGGCAACUGAGGCUUGGCGUUGCUUUACACAGAGGCACUGGAAGAUUCGAAAUCAUGAGUGAACAUAGUAAAGUUGCAACAGGUUUCAUAAUAAAAACCAAGGAUGUAAAUGAAUGUAUCAAUGAAGUUGAUUCGGAUCAUAAGGACAUGGAUUUGAACGCGGAUGACAUUUAUCAUCUACUAAAACUGCGCGACUACUCUUAUAGCGGAGAUUUUCGGAGUGUACAUAAUGGAAAUUCUAUACUGGAUUCAUUUUCAAUUAUUUGGAAUGACAACUGGGUGACAUUUAUUGAUGGUUUGCUACAAGUUAAUGCAUUAAGACAACAACAUGACGGAGUAUCUCAGCCCGCGGAAAUUAGAAAAUUAUGUAUAGAUGUUACCGAGCACAGAAAGCAUAUUACGAAAGUUGAUAACAAGGAAAUAAUACCAGCCAAGGUUCUUGAAAAGCAUGAAACCACAAAAGCUGGAGGUGUAUUACUGCAGGGACUAUUAUUCCAGCAAUUACCACCGGUGAUCCUUAAGGACAUCUGCCUGAAAUCUUCAAAAUUCAUCCCUCGCUUCAACGCGAAAUUAGAUGUGUGUCAAAUAUUUUUCCAAGAACUGAAACGUGGCAUUUUUAUUUUGAACAUUGAAGAUAAGGUUAAAAGAAAUGAUGAUCGUCCGGAUGCCCUUUACCGCGUCGUUUCGUCCAUAGGAAAAUUGCAGCUUCUUCGUUGGAGACCGUCGGAGGUUCACGAUAUUGGGGGUGCAUUUGGCGGUUACUACUAUUUACCACUGAAACAAGAGGCUACGAAAGAGGAUUGCGAAUUAAAAUUGGAAUGUUCGGUUACUGGAAAUCUUAAUUCCUUGAAAUGGGUGCAAAAUUCUCAAAGCAGUACUCCAGGAAUCGAAGUCAAAGUACACUAUGCAGGCUUAUCGAAGAUGGAUGUAUCAAAAGCUUUGGGAGAAAGUAUCGUCAUAAAUUCGAAUGUCAAUUGUUUUGGAUUUGACUUUUCCGGGGUCACAAGAAGUGGUGCUCGAGUCAUGGGUAUUGCAGUAAAUGGUUCAUGCAAGAGCACGGUGAGAGCCCGUACAGAUUUGCUGUGGCCGAUUCCAGACCAUUGGGAUUUCGAAGAAGCUGCCACUGUACCUAUGGCGUAUUUAACAGCAUUUUAUUGUCUCCAUUUUUGUGUUACUAAGAGUAUUCUGGUUCACGCAGGGGCUGGUGCCCUCGGCCAGGCCUUGAUAUCGAUUGGAUUAGCUUUGGAUUAUGAAGUAUUCACAACUGUGAGUGACUCUACAAAGAAACGAUUCCUCAAGAAAUUGUUUCCUAAUCUAAAAGAACAAAAUAUUGGGAGUUCCAGAGAUACUACUUUUGCUGACAUGGUAUUGUGUGCGACUAAUCAUAGAGGUUGCAACAUUGUGAUUAAUUGUCUCAGAGGAGAGCUAAGAAACCGGAGAUUUCCGGAGUUUAAUGCAUUAAGACAACAACAUGACGGAGUAUCUCAGCCCGCGGAAAUUAGAAAAUUAUGUAUAGAUGUUACCGAGCACAGAAAGCAUAUUAAGAAAGUUGAUAACAAGGAAUUAAUACCAGCCAAGGUUCUUGAAAAGCAUGACACCACAAAAGCUGGAGGUGUACUAUUGCAGGGACUAUUAUUCCAGCAAUUACCACCGGCGAUCCUUAAGGACAUCUCCCUGAAAUCUUCAAAAUUCAUCCCUCGCUUCAACGCGAAAUUAGACGUGUGUCAAAUAUUUUUUCAAGAACUGAAACGUGGCAUUUUUAUUUUGAACAUUGAAGAUAAGGUUAAAAGAAAUGAUGAUCGUCCGGAUGCCCUUUACCGCGUCGUGUCGUCCAUAGGAAAAUUGCAGCUUCUUCGUUGGAGACCGUCGGAGGUACACUAUGCAGGCUUAUCGAAGAUGGAUGUAUCAAAAGCUUUGGGAGAAAGUAUCGUCAUAAAUUCGAAUGUCAAUUGUUUUGGAUUUGACUUUUCCGGGGUCACAAGAAGUGGUGCUCGAGUCAUGGGUAUUGCAGUAAAUGGUUCAUGCAAGAGCACGGUGAGACCCCGUACAGAUUUGCUGUGGCCGAUUCCAGACCAUUGGGAUUUCGAAGAAGCUGCCACUGUACCUAUGGCAGAAUGGAAAAAAUUGGGCGUCAAAGUGCAAAUGUCAUCUGAGAAGAUCAAUAGUCAGGCUAAAGUUCAUAAACUGAUAAAUGACGCCGCAUGUUUGGGCUGCGUCGACGGUAUCAUCGUUGACGCGACGAAUGCAUGUGGAAGUGAAACUGAAGAAAUUCGAUCUACUAUUCAUAACUUGGAUAUUGUAUCAAGAAAAUUAUUCCAAUCUCUCAGAUAUUUUACUUUAGUCACUGAUGACAAUUCGUUAGGAUUAGGAAUAUGUUUAACGCGACAAAAUGAUGGAUACCCAGUAACAGUGGUUAAUAUCGGCCAUUUGAAAGAGGACCUCGACACACAGAAUUUUCCAAGCAGCCGUCUGUAUGCAGAAGCGACGGAGGCUGCGCUUUGUUCCGGAGAUAAUUCGGUGGUUGCGUUCCCUAGUUCUUCUCAACAGUCGCUGCUGCAACAAUUAUGUGCUAUAACUGAUGUUGACGUAGCUCGAAUCUCUGAUGAGAAUACUACGCUCGGUGAAUUGGGUGUGGUGAAUGAGAAAACAUCGUUUGUUUCAAACUAUCUGCGAGUUCAUUAUGGCAUCACACUAAAUGAAGAAGACGUUCUUUCACUAACGUUCCAAAGAAUUAAGGAAAUGGAGGACGCUAUUGUUGCGCCUGGUUAUAGUACAAAGAAAGGGUUGGAAGCGUUCUAUUCGUAUGUAGAUCCAGACGAACUGCUAGCCACAACUGAAAUGGUGUUCAUGCCGACACUCACUAGUAGUGCAACUGCGCGCGAUGAUGAGUUCGACGUGACUGUGACAUCGCUGUGUAUCGUCCCGGGUUUGGAGGGACACCAUGGGCGGUUUCGAGCUUUGUGCGAGCGACUCAAGCUGCCCGCGCUCGUGCUGCAACCCGGGCUGGACAAGCUGGACGAGACCAUACAGCAGACAGCACAACGAUAUGCUAGUUCUCUGCUAAGAAAAUCAGCGAUAAAAAAUAAUUUCUACAUUUUGGGAUAUGAAACUGGUAUAUUUGUUGCGUUAGAACUCACGGCUAUUCUGGAAGAACACGGUCUGACGGGUACAUUGUUUUUGUUGGGAGGAUCACCAAAUGAUGUGUUGAAUGAGAUAGAAUAUCAACUGCAAGGAUUCAAAACAGAUCAGCUCGAGGAGGCCGUGGCAAGGCACAUGCUUAAAAUUAUGGCCCGUGAACACUUUAAGGAAGUAGAGAACGCAUUUUCGAAACAUACUCUGUGGAAUGACCGAGUGGAUGCGGGAGUGCGAACGCUGUUGGGUCACGUGUCCCACUCGGCGCAGUACGCGCGCGCACAGAUCGAGGCGGCGUGCGCGCGGCUCGUCUACGCGCGGCGCUACGGCGGCCCGGCGGCGCCCCUACGCUCCCGGCUCGUGCUGCUGCGCUCUCCGCUCACCGCGCGCUCCGCUCCGCCAGAAUGGCAGCGGCUGUCGCGGGGAGGGGUCACCGAACACAACUUGCUGGCGCCGUUACCGCAUGCCGCCAUGGACAUGCGUUGCGCUACCAUAAUCAACAAAUAUCUGGACGAUGAAAUUUUGGACCAAUUCAAUAAGAAGAAUUUGUGUGAAACGUAUUUACUUAGUGCGGAUACGUACAUGUCUUUUGUCACUGAUUUGAAUUAG